AUGAAGUUCGGACGGCAUCUUCUCCGGACCCAGCUUCCGGAAUGGUCUGCCGCUUAUAUCAACUACAAGGGAUUGAAGAAGCUCAUUAAAGCUGCUGUUGCUACCGUGAAGACUGGCAACGAUCCUGACUUGGCUGAGUUCUUCUUUACCUUGGAUCGAAACCUCGAAGAUGUCGACGACUUCUAUAACAAGAAAUUUGGAGAUGCGUCAAGGAGACUGAACCUUCUCAAGGAGAGAUACGGCUCAUCGAAGGAAGCAUUCGAAACAUUGGAUCUCAAUGAUAUCGAAGAGCUUCGGGGUGCUCUUUUGGAGCUCCGCGAUCAGUUAAGGAAGAUACAAUGGUUCGGUGACUUGAAUCGAAGAGGGUUUAUCAAGAUCACAAAGAAGCUUGAUAAAAAGGUACCAAAUGUAUGCACCAAGGAACGGUACUUGGCUUCGAAGGUUGACUUGAAACCCUUCGCCACAAACGUGCGAGUGGAGGAGUUGAAAGGCACAGUGAACGGAUUGCUGUCCAUCCUUGGGGAUAUUCAGCCCAACAUGGAUGGCUCUGAUGCACAGUCUGUUCACUCGGUACACUCGAUCAAACGGGUAUCUUCCAGGUCCAUAUUCAACUUGCCCAAGGGACUUCUUGAUACCGUUGACCAAGCCAUUCGGAGCGAUGAUGUACCCACGCUCGAAGAGGCUCUUGCAGAGGCUAAUCUCGAACCUAAUGAGCCCGCAAUGCAAAAGCUUUUGGUCAGUCUGUUGCAGCGCUGCAUAUCUUGCAAGUCAAAGCAAUGCAUCAGCUACCUUCUCAAGCACAUUACAUCUCUGGAUGAGACCGACGAUAUCAACAAGCGUAAUUGCUUGCACCGUCUGGUCAUCUCCAUUGGACGUGCAAAGUCCACUCGUACUGGACUUGAAAAUUCGGCAGCUCUCCUCACCGUUGACCAAAACGAUUCUCGCUUCCUCACGCCUGCGGCAUCUCCUCCUCUGGGACCCGCACGCAGCACUCUUAAAGAGUCUUCUUUAUUGAGCAUGGAUGAUGAAUACGUGAAACUCUUGGAUUAUGUUUUGAAGACUGUGGAGCCACAUCAUCGUGUUGCGUUGAAGUCGAAAGACACAUAUGGACGUCUGCCUCUACAUUAUGCAGCUCAAUUUGGCUUCGUAGUUAUUUGCGAGCUUGUCAUGAAGUACAUGCAACAAUGGGGACAAUUCAAUGUCGAGAAUGGUAUUGAUGCCCCAGAAUGGCAAGACAACGAUGGACAGGCCCCGUUGCAUCUUAGCGUCAUCGGAGGUCAUGCUUUGACCACACAGGCUCUUUUAAAGGGAGAGAAUUGGCAAGGCCGCAACGAUCAAAAAGCAGCUAUGAGACGAGACAUUUCGAAAUCCAGUGCUGUCUUGGCCAUGGCUACCAAGUCUAAUUUUACCCUUAUUGUCAAGCUGCUUGUCGACGCUGGUGUUGACAUCAACUGGCAAGACCCCGCGGGCGAGACCUCUCUUCACAUUGCCGCAAGAUUUGGCCAUGCUGAAUGUGCUCGCAUGUUGCUUCAAGGAACAAUGGAACAGAAGGCAAAUAUUGAUCUCACGGAGAACACGUUUUCUUGGACUCCGCUACACAUUGCCUCGGUCGAUGGACACCUGCCAAUUGUUGAGCUGCUCAUUGCAGCUGGUGCUGACAUCAACAAGCCUGAUGGAUCCGGAUGGUUGGCAAGAGAGCAUGCAGCUCUUCGUGGUCAUAUGGACAUAGCUGCAAAGCUAGCUCAGGCAAGCUCGGUGGCUUCAAGUCCAGAAUCGGAACCAUCCGCGCGUACCAGAGAUUCUUCUCCUCCAAAUCUAUCUUCGAUUGGAACAGCUCGAUCGCAGAUGACCAAGGUUGAGACUACAGAGCCUGUCAAAACCUUUGGUCAUCGUUACCUCACGAACGAGAGUAUGGUCCUGGUCAGUCUGGGAUCUAUGGAUAUGAGGAAAAAUGUACCAGCAGUCAAGCUCGACAGAAUUCCUAUCGCUGAAGCACAUUCCACGCAGCUUGAUACUUCGCUCUCUGUUAUUGUCAGCGCCAAAGGAGCCACAGGAGAACCAACUACCAUCGAUCUUCCAGUACCAGACAACAUCUCGACGGAGCCAAUGGUCUUUACUGCAGCCGAUGCGGCCAAGGUCAAGCUGUAUUUCGACAUUGUCCCAACUUAUUCUGGUCACCAAGAAGACAAAGUCGGAAGAGGUGUCGCCAUCUUGGGCAGUAUCAAGCAAGCGAUCGGUGUCUCAAGAAUGAAUUUGCAAGGAGAUGUUAGUGUUCCGAUCAUGAGCACGGAUCUUGAGGUUAUCGGAGUUGUUAACUUCAACUUCCUGGUCAUAACACCGUUCUCUCACCCAAAUAUGUCUAUCACAACAAAACAGACUUACUGGAAGGAAGUAUCAUCUACCAUGAUCAUUGGACACAGAGGACUCGGCAAAAACAUCGCCUCAAACAGAUCGUUGCAGCUGGGUGAGAACACGCUGCAGUCAUUCAUCGCCGCAACGAAUCUUGGCGCCAACUAUGUCGAGUUUGAUGUCCAACUGACCAAAGAUCUUGUCCCUGUCAUUUACCAUGACUUCCUGGUCAGCGAAACAGGAAUCGAUGCUCCUGUUCAUACACUCACUGCUGAACAAUUUUUGCACGUUAAUGAUGCAACUCCCAGAGCUUCUCGACCACCGACCCCGCCAAGAGAUAACCCGAAGGAUGAUGCCAAGGACAAUCCUCAAUUCAGAGUAGUUCGUGGAGCGGAGCGUGUCCGUUCAUUGUCUAUGGGCCAUUUACUACCCGACAUCGAUAUGGCUGAGAAGAUGAAGCAUACUCGAGAUUUCAAGGAGAAAGGGUUCAAAGCUAAUUCCCGUGGUAACUUCAUCCAAGCACCUUUCACCACCCUCGAAGAGAUGUUUCUCACGCUCGAGGAGCGUGUGGGAUUCAAUAUUGAGAUGAAGUAUCCCAUGUUGCACGAGUCAGAGGAGCACGACAUGGAUGCUUAUGCUGUGGAACUUAACAGCUUCGUUGAUACCGUACUCAACAAGGUGUAUGAUCUUUGCAAAAAGCGCAAGAUCAUUUUCAGCAGUUUCAAUCCCGACAUCUGCCUCUUGUUGAGUUUCAAGCAGCCUAGUAUUCCGGUCUUGUUCUUAACUGAUGCUGGCACAUGCCCAGUCGGUGAUAUCAGAGCCAGCAGUCUUCAAGAAGCUAUUCGCUUUGCAAGCCGCUGGAACUUGUUGGGUGUUGUGAGUGCUGCUGAGCCGUUGUGCAACAGUCCAAGAUUGGUGAAGGUCGUCAAAGAUAGUGGACUGGUUUGCGUCAGUUAUGGAACACUAAACAAUGAUGAGGAGAAAGUUGAUCAACAAGUUAGAGAGGGAAUCGACGCAGUCAUCGUCGACAACGUGCUGAAGAUUUACAAGGGAAUGUCAAAGAAUGCAGCAAAGUUGACAGAUCCAACAACUUUGAAGGCAGCAAACUUGAUCAGUGGCAUUGGCAAUGUGGAUGAAUCAGUGGAAGUUUAGAUUGAUUCCGGGGUUGUUAGAAGCGUUGAGCGGCAUAGUCAUGCGAAAAGCGAAGGGUUCUGUCUUUGCGAUGGAUUGGGCAUUUAUUUGGAGUUGGCGAAGGUGGCAAAAAACAAUAGACUUGCCGCGUUGCUAGGCAUUCAUUACGAGGCAUUUGGAUAGGAGUUAUGACAUUGCUUUUGGGACAAAGUCUUUCGUGCCAAAACUGUUCUUGAUGUGUGCGUUCAUUCUGAAAGCAAGGAGGAAGGAAGAACGACUGGAAUGAAGGCCUUACCACUGCCGCUUCAGGCAAAAUGCGGAGUGUAGCUCUUCAACUCUCACUUCAAGUUUUGCAUGACUGACAAUGUGUGUAAGAGUGUUCUUGUGGUAUGAGUGAUAGACAAGAGAUUGCCUGUAUUUUCUUCCUCCACCUGUGAACUUGUGACGGCAUUUUCUGGUGACAUCGACAUCCUACGAAAGGGCGUGACUAAGACAACUUAGUCACACAUUCCUGCAGAUGGUGCAAUUCGGGAAGCAGUUGCAGAAUAUACUAGUUCAAAGUUCCCGAGCUCUUCAUGGAAACCUAAAGUAUAGUGUUCAAAGAGAAAUACUGGGACCUGGGAUUUGAUGUUGUGAUACUCCGUACUUCCUCUUUAGAUCCACCAUCGAGGCUAAUUCGCGGCCCCUCCCUCCUGCGACGUCAUUGGUCCACAUCCCACCAACGAUCCAUCGAAGCCUCACCUCAAGGUUAGGCUUGAAUCGACCAUCCAUCAACAACCUCC